AUUAUUUCCACGCCAUUAUACUCAAGCGAUACCUCAUUGGAAUCGCUGUAGUCAUGGCAACCGUUUUGCGUCAAUCUCUCGUUCUGAGUCUGCGAUAGGGAUGGCAACGUUGAGGCAGCUGAACUUGAACGUUAUUGACCGCGAAUCGUAAUGGAUGUAGUGCUUCUGUAGGACGUGACAUUAAGAACGUGAAUUUUUUAUCGAUGACCUUAGACCCGAGAGAGUCUACGUGCUGACGUACACUUGAAGUGUUAUCGCCAACCUACUAUAUAUUACUGGACAACGAGACAAGGACUCUCGAUACAUAAGGAACACAAAGAGAUCUCCCACAAAAUGAAGGCCAUUUUGGCUUUCCUUGUCGCUGUUGUUUGUUGUGUCUACGGCUCCCCUGUCAAACGGGAUUCAAAGACAGAAAAUGUCGACCUUCUCAUGCCGACCGUUCAACCUAAAGUGAAAGACACAUAUCUCUGUUACGGUAUGAAAAUGAACGAAACUCCUACCUACAUAGUUGGAUUCCGCCCUCAUGCCAACAAAGAAAUUGCCCAUCACAUGCUCCUCUACGGAUGCAAGGAGCCAGGCGUCAGGGAUAAAAACGCCAUCUGGAACUGUGGCGAGAUGGCCCACACUACUUCUUCUUAUUCCACAGCAGGGGUUUGUGGCGAAGGUCAACAAAUUGUUUAUGCAUGGGCAAUGGAUGCCCCAGCUCUGCAGCUCCCUGAAGGCGUUGGUUUUAAAGUUGGAGGGAAUACAAAUAUUGACUACCUCGUCCUACAGGUUCACUACAAAGAUGUUUCUCCGUUUUUAGCUGGGGAAACUGACAGUUCUGGCAUUACCUUGGUAACGACAGAUCAACAAAUGCCGAAGCGAGCUGGCGUUUAUCUUCUAGCCACAGGUGGACGAAUACCAGCUCAUUCCGUCGAAUACUUGGAAAGUGCUUGUCCACUACGAACCGACCUCACCUUACAUCCCUUCGCAUUUAGAACCCACACGCACACACUCGGGAAAGUAGUGUCGGGAUACAGAGUCCGAGACGCUAAAUGGGAGGAAAUUGGGCGGAAGAGCCCACAGGAACCCCAGAUGUUUUAUAACGCUACAAGCCCAGGAAUGGAAAUAAGGAACAACGAUAUCUUGGCUGCCCGUUGCACAAUGGAGAACAAUUUGGACAGAACUGUAUAUAUAGGUGCCACCCAAAAUGACGAGAUGUGCAAUUUCUAUAUGAUGUACUAUGUGAACGGUGACAGGAUCGCCGACCAGAACUCCUGUUUUUCCUCUGGUGCGCCUUAUUACACUUGGGAAAGCUCCCCAUACGCUGGAAACAUGAACCUGAAGGAACAGCCACAGACAGUAAGCUUAGUGCCAGGGGAGAAAACUCCAAAGAGAAAGGGCCCUGUAGCAAAACUCGAGCGUGCCGAGAACCCAGAAAGGCGACAACAACGACCACGGGGACACGCAGUCAACCGUAACGAUUUUGCGCGCUUACUUCAGGCUCUCAACACUGCAUACGAUUCUGACUACAAGAUGUAUGACAAUGUUCUCUAAAAAUGACGUUGUUAAAGUCUCAAGUUGUUUGUUGUCUUUCUUGUUUAAAUUAAUGAAGUCUAUAUAAUAUAUUGUUAAUCUUUGUUUUGUUUUGUUUU